CCUCCCCCCCUCCAGACCCUCCGAUUCCUCCUCUGGGGCUGGGAGCGUCUUUCUCCUCCCUUUGGGGCGCUUGUGGGGCAGCAGCCAUGGCUUUUCUUGGGGUCCCCCUGAUGCUGCUGCUGGGGGCGCUGGCCCGGAUCCCCGGAAGCGAAGGGGGGAAGGAGACCCCCGCCCAUUUCCUGCACCAGUAUAAGUGCGAGUGCCACUUCCUCAACGGGACGCAGCGGGUGAGAUACCUGGACAGGCUCUUCUACGACCGGCAGGAGACCAGCUACUUCGACAGCGACCUCGGGAAGUUCGUGGCCGUCACUCCGUUGGGGAAGCCCGAUGUGGACAGAUUGAACAGGGAUGAGCGCCUCCUGCAGUACGAGAAGGCCUCCGUGGAUCGCUUGUGCCGGCACAACUACGAGAUUCUCCAGGGGAUGCCUGUGGUUGGCCGGAGAGCCAAGCCCUCCGUCUCCAUCUCCCCCACCAAGAUGGAGCCCUCUUCCCCCAACACCAUCCUCCUCUGCAUCGCGACCGGCUUUUACCCCGUGGAGAUCGAGGUCCAGUGGCUGAAGAACGGGCGGCCGGAGGAGGAGGGCGUGGCCUUCGGGGAGGAGCUCCAGAACGGAGACUGGACCUACCAGCUCCAGGUGAUGCUGGAGACCCAGCCCCAACGGGGGGACGUCUACACUUGCAAGGUGGGGCAUGCCAGCCUGGAGGCCCCCAUCACUGUCCAGUGGGAGCCCCGUUCCUCCAGCUCUGCCAGGAGCAAACUCUGGACGGGGAUCAUGGGGGCCGUGAUAGGAGUGGCCUUCCUGGCUGUGGGGCUCUUCUCCUACCUGAAGAGCAAGAAAGCAACUCCCAUCCAACCUCCUGCAGGAAGACUCGGCCGGUGUGUGAUGGGAGGAAUUGUCCCAAAGACGGAGAAGAGCUGGGCUCCUGUGGACAAUGCCUCCCCUUGCAAGGCCGCGUGGGAGAACCUGGAGGAGGCUCAACCCCAAAGGUCCCAAUGGCAGGAGAACUAUCUGGAACCACCUGAGGAAGCCCGACCCCCAGUCCUGAGUCCGGAGGAGGAAAUGUUGCCCACGCAGAGCAGAACGGAGAACCAGCGCCUCUGCAGCUGUUGGGGGCUGGAGAAAGAAACUCUCUCCAGUUUAGGCUCCUUCUGGGCACUCUGGGAACUCAAAGGGCAUCUAGUCCGCCCCUCCAGUCCAGGCUUUGGAGGACAAUCAUGGGGGGGGCAAAAGGAAGAGGACAUUCUCCUCCGGAGCUGGCAUGAAAGACCCCCCAGAUUGCAGCCCCCCAAGACUGAAGGGAUUCCCCUCCCCCACUUUCUCCGCUUCUCUCUCUGCUCGGAACUCUCUCCUCCAUCGGGCGAAGUCAAGGGAGGCUCUGCCCGGAGACCGAUGACGCUGCAGAAGGGAGGAUUCCCAUUGGUCCUCCUGCUCUUUGAGGACACUCCCUCUUCCGAAGUCCGAGGAAAACUCCUCCCCCCAUCCAGACCCUCCGAUUCCUCCUCUGGGGCUGGGAGCGUCUUUCUCCCCCCUUUGGGGCGCUUGUGGGGAGCCUCCAUGGCUUUUCCUGGGGUCCCCCUGAUGCUGCUGCUGGGGGCGCUGGCCCGGAUCCCCGGGAGCGAAGGGGGGAAGGAGACCCCCGCCCAUUUCCUGGCCCAGUGGAAGGCCGAGUGCCACUUCCUCAACGGGACGCAGCGGGUGAGGUUCCUGGAGAGCUACUUCUACGACCGGCAGGAGAUCGUCCGCUUCGACAGCGACCUCGGGAAGUUCGUGGCCGUCACGGAGUUGGGGGAGGCGGCUGUGGACAGAUUGAACAGGGAUGAGCAGCUCCUGCAGGUUGAGAAGGCCUCCGUGGAUCACUUCUGCCGGUACAACUACGGGAUUGCUCAGACAGCCCAGGUGGUUGGCCGGAGAGCCAAGCCCACCGUCUCCAUCUCCCCCACCAAGAUGGAGCCCUCUUCCCCCAACACCAUUCUCCUCUGCACCGCGACCGGCUUUUACCCCGUGGAGAUCGAGGUCCAGUGGCUGAAGAACGGGCAGCCGGAGGAGGAGGGCGUGGCCUUUGGGGAGGAGCUCCAGAGCGGAGACUGGACCUACCAGCUCCAGGUGAUGCUGGAGACCCAGCCCCAGAGGGGGGAUGUCUACACUUGCAAGGUGGGGCACGCCAGCCUGGAGGCCCCCAUCACCGUCCAGUGGGAGCCCCGUUCCUCCAGCUCUGCCAGGAGCAAACUCUGGACGGGGAUCAUGGGGGCCGUGAUAGGAGUGGCCUUCCUGGCUGUGGGGCUCUUCUCCUACCUGAAGAGCAAGAAAGCAAUUCCCAUCCAACCUCCUGCAGCACUCAUGAAUUAAUCCUGCUCUCCGAUGCAAAAGGAUAUUUUUUCUUUAGUGGCUGAUGACUCUUUGUCCUGUUUGCAGCCUCUGAGAAACGGAGGCUGAAGGUUGGGAGAGGAGGAGAAUGGCAGCCUGGACCUUCUCCCGCUGAGCCCCUCCCCCCAGCUUCCUUUCAGGGCCGCUCUUUCUUGGGAGGGAGGGGUGGAGACCAUCUAGACCAGCCAGCCUCAAACUACGGCCCGCCAAUGCAAAGUAUCCGGCCCGUGGAGUGGUGUGAUUAAGCCCCGCCCCUCACCCUGGGCCUUCUCUUCCGGGGAGCCAACUGGGAGGCCGGCUGAGGGGAGAUCUUGCCGGGGCAGCCUUGAAAAGCAGCUCUGGGCUUGUAAAGUCCUGCUUUCAAUUAAAAGUCUUUGAAAACAAUUUAAACAGGCGCUUAGGAAGGAGAAAGGCAAAUAAAUGGACUGUUAAAUUGGCCACGCCCACCCAGUCACAUGACCACCUAGCCACGCCCAGGGAGCCAGUCCGGCCCCCCCAACAGUCUGAGGGACUCUGAAUCGGCCCCCUGUUCAAAAAGUUUGAGGACCCUGAUCUAGACUGUCCCCAGGGACGCUGGGCCCACCUGUCACCCCAUCUCUCCUGGCUUUGAACCCACAGCAGCUUCAUCUACAUUAUUCGUCCUCCAAGUCACUUCCCUUCCCUUCGCUUUGCUCUAAAAGAAUAAACUUUAGAAGCAGGAAA